AUGUUCAACAAAAAAGACAAUUAUAAUGUUUUGAGAAAUUCUAUGAAAAGCUAUUUACAAAAUAAAGAAAUGGAUCAAGAUAGAUGGGAAUACAUACAUUCUUUCUUGGGAGGUGCUGGGAAAGUAGACAGUAAUGAUGAAAAAAUGACAGAGAAAGAAGUCAAAGAAGCCAUAAAAGAAUUGACAGUCAAAAGGGCACUGGGUCCUGAUAAUAUAGCAAGUAUAUUUUAUAAGUAUUUUAGUAGUUUUAACUGGUAUUAUAUCGUAUUAUACAAUUUUAAGUCUCUUACUGAGAGUCUUAAUUUGGGAAACAUUAGUUUUAUUAAAGAAAGGGAUGAAGGGAUUUUAAUGGUUAACAAUUAUCUACCCAUCACCCUUCUAAAUGGUGACUACAUGAUUUUAGUGAUCAUCAUGGCCAAACAUAUUAUUCAUCACAUAGAUAAUAAAAUUAAUAUUAGGCAGAGUGCUAGGGUGCCUGGACACAGUAUACAACAGAACCUUGUCACUUUAAAACUAAUUCAAGAGAUAUACAAAUGUAAGAAAGUGCCACUUUUCAUGGUCACACUUGGCAUACACAAUGCCUUCAAUUCUGUAAUUAUGGAUCUAUUAAUGAAAAUUUAA